AGCACACUCGCAGACUUUGACAAGAAUAUUCCUGACAGCAUCCUGCCCAAAGGUGCACAUCAAAAGAAAGAGGCUGUUGAGUCGAUCCCGUGUCCAGUAUGUGGAUCCCGUGACUUGCAGCUUGUCCUGGACCUUGGGAAGCAACCAUUUGCGAAUGCAUUCGACAAAGAGAAGUCGGCGGCCUUGCUCUCACCCCGCUUCCCGCUGCAGUUGGUACGCUGCCGAAGAUGCCAGCACUACCACCUGUCCCAUGUCGCCAGCCGUUCUGACCUCUUUGAGCACUACCUGUAUAGAUCAGGGACCAGUGUCACUCUGAAACAGCACUUUGACUGGUUGGCCCAGAAAGUGUACCGGGAGAGCGGCGGAUUGAAAAGAGGCUCCAUCUUGGAAUUGGCGUGUAAUGAUGGUACACAGCUGGACUCGUUCAGAGAGCUGGGCUGGAAGACCUAUGGUGUGGACCCGGCAGUCAACAUCGCUGCCUUGGCACAGCGCAAGAACCACACAGUGCGAGUGGGGUUCUGGCCGUUGGAUUUCCCGGAGCUUCCACGAGGUGAUGAUUUGACUGCCAUCACGGCUCAGAACGUGUUUGCGCAUGUGCCCAAACCUGUCGACUUUCUCAAGGCAUGUGCUGCGGUCAUGGGUCCAAAGACAAAGUUGUACAUCCAAACGUCGCAGUGCAACAUGCAGCAGCUGGGCGAAUUCGACACGAUCUACCACGAGCACAUCUCCUUUUUCACGGGGCACUCAUUCUACAAGGCAGCAGUUCUUGCUGGACUGCAGGUCGCCAAGUUCGAGACUGCGCCUAUCCAUGGAACAUCAUGCCUUGUGACGCUUGAGCUGGGUGGCAGUGGGAAGAUAUCCACCACUUUGAGAGAGCGCUUGGAGCUGGAGAAGCAGGAUGGUGUGACCAGCGAAUUCUUCGCAGAGACCUACAAAGCCAAGGCGAUGGCAAUUCGCGAUUGGGUCUUCAGAGAAAUCUCGGCUUUCCGCUCCAAGGGUUACAUGGUGGGUGCUUAUGGUGCUGCGGCCAAAGGCAUGACGCUGCUGCAUUUCAUUCUUGGAACCAAUGCCACUGCUUCUCAGGGUUCUUUCUUGGAUUUCGUCCUAGAUGAUGCCCCUUUGAAACAGAAUACCUACUGCCCCGGGACGUCCAUUCCUGUUCGACCGACGCAGAGCCUCCCGCAGCUCGAAGAUGGGCGGCCGAUAGCCAUUCUCGUGUUGGCCUGGAACUUUUUCGAUGAAAUUGCUGACAAGCUACGAAAAUCAGGAACCAAACAAGAGGUGGUGGCGCUGGUGCCUUUCCCGGAACCCAGUGUGCAUCGUUUGGGCGUCCGUGCUGAUGAGCAGCAGCACCUUCGCAGCUUGUUUCACCACCCAACGCCGAUCCCCAACCCUAUGCGCAACGCCUCGCGACGGAACACGGCGAUGGUAACCCACUUCCGCAACGAGGAGCUGCUACUGCCUUUUUUCAUCAUCCACCAUGCCCCCAUGUUCGAUCAGGUCAUCGCAAUAGAUUACAACAGCACGGACAGGAGCGUUGACCUAUUCAAGGAUUAUGCGCCAUCAUCUUGGAAGAUCGUUCCUUCGGAGACAGGCGAAGUGUUUGAUUCUCGAAAGUGCGACGCGCAAGUCAUGUUCUGGGAAAAGCAAGUGACGGAAGACUGGGUUGUCGCUCUGACAACUACGGAGUUCCUAGUUUACCCCGGGUUGAGACUGGAUCUACAUGAGAAACAAGAUCGGUUCCCUCUUCCCUCCAUCAUGCAUAUUCCGAACCUGGCCAUGACGGGUGAUGAUCGAAGACCACUUCUGUACUUUCAGCCUUUGCUCCGGCAGCGGCACGUUUUCAUGGAAAGAUUGAAUGCCAUUGGACAAUACAGCCGCUUCAUGCAUUGGGGAACGUCAAGCACCCACCGGUACGACAUUGGUCGGCAUGUCUACAUUGACGACAGGCAAAACAAGACGACAGGGGUUGACUACAUUGACAGUGGAGAUGCCUAUAUUGCAAAGUGGUACGUGACUCCAUGGCCAGAGCAAAUUGCCAGAAAGGUCGAAGUGGGCAGAACUAUUCCGGAACGCGACAAACAAGCAAACCUCGGAUAUCAACAUAUACGGGCAUUUGAACAAGGUGCCAAGGAGGUCAUUCGAAUCCACGAUGAUCUCAUGAGACAUGCGCAAGUUGACCUUUGUGACGACAAGAGAACCCAGGACGCGUCUAUAGCCAAGGUUCGACGUACAUUCUUUGCAGAGGUUGGGGGAGGCUGCUUCCAAAGUGAGGCUGGCCAAUACCUUGCUUGA